UUAUUAGUCACUUUUCCCCUUACUUUCCCAAACCCGCUUCCCUCGAAUCCCUCGAGACGACCGCCCUUCUCGUUCACAUCAUCCCGGCUCAUCUUCGCAGAUUGGAAAGGAAUUUACCCUCACUGGUGCUUUGGUAUCCCUGGCCUUUCUUGAUCUUUUCACGACUUUCAACGAUUUUGUAAUGGGUGCAGUUUGUUGUCGACCCGCGCCUGUCGACUUUGAUGGGGAGGUGAAUUUGUUCCAUUUUGUACUCUUGAGAUGUGUGGGCAAAGGUGCCUUUGGGAAAGUCCGCGUUGUUCAACAUAAACAAACUCGAGAUCUAUAUGCCCUAAAAUACAUCAACAAGGCGAAAUGUGUCAAGAUGAAAGCUGUUCCCAAUGUUAUCCAAGAGCGACGUCUCCUGGAGGAAGUAAGAUUCCAAAUUGACCGUGGGCCGUGAACGGAAUUUUACGGGACUUCCCCUUUUUCAGGUUGAUCACCCGUUCAUUGUGAACUUGAGAUACGCUUUCCAAGAUGACGAAAAUUGUUUCUUUGUGCUGGAUCUAAUGCUGGGGGGUGAUCUUCGAUUCCAUUUGGAACGUCUGGGUUCUUUAUCUGAGGAGGUUGUACGAUUCUAUGUCGCACAGUUAUCUUCAGCGUUGACGUUCUUACAUGAGGCUGGGAUAAUGCAUCGGGACAUUAAACCUGAUAACAUACUUUUGGAUGAACGAGGGAAUGCACAUCUCACUGAUUUCAACAUCGCUGUCCACUUUGGUGAACGCCGGUUAACCGGCGUUGCUGGCUCCAUGGCAUACAUGGCACCUGAAAUCUUGACCAAACGGGGUUAUACCUGUCACAUAGACUGGUGGUCACUGGGUGUCUGCGCCUACGAACUAAUAUUCGGUCGCAGGCCAUUCAGAGGUCGGACAAACAGCGACCUUACACACAGUAUUACAAAGGAUCCUCUCAAAUGGCCUGAGGACGCCGAGAAGAAAUGUAGUCGUAGUGGAAUGCUUAUUUUGAAAGGGCUACUGGAGCGAGAUACCAGCAAGCGUCUAGGCUGCAAACCGAAUGGCGAAGGCUUUCGAGAACUUCAAGCCCAUCCGUGGUUCAAGACGAUUGACUGGGAGACACUUGAAAGCAAGGAACAAGUCCCGCCCUUCGUGCCCGAUAGCAAAAAAGCGAAUUUUGAUGCAUCGCAUGAGUUGGAGGAACUUCUUCUUGAAGACAAUCCCUUGAAGGCUAAACAACGGAAAGCGAACCAGGAUAACCUUACCGCAGAGAUGAAGCAGAUGGAAGAACAAUUUACGACAUAUGAUUCCAAGAAGAUGCAGCGACGAUCAUACUAUCCGCACAACCAACAGCUCAUUUCUACGGCCACUGCCACAUCAUCUGCAUUGGCGUCGUCAAGGCCUGAAACCCCGGCGGACGUACUUCGAGCUGACGGGGCGUCGAUACACGGUAACGGGCAUUCAAUUGAACUUCAACAUUCAGAAGCAGACGUUAUGCGGCCUGAAAUGAAUGAGAAAGACUUCCGGUGA